AUGGCUUCUGCUACCGCCACGUGGACACCUAACUCCCUCCAGCUCCGUCUCGCUUUGAGCUCCUCCGUUCGCCGGAGAUCGCAUUCCGGUUACCUACGACCUUCUCGUCUCGGCAGGAAAUCCGGUUGUGGAGUUGUAUGCGUUUCGCAGAAGCCAGGAGUUGAGGCGUGGACCGGAUCGGAUUCGUCAAAGCCGCCAGCCGAUGGUGGUUUGGCUGGGUGGGACGAUUCCGAUAACAAUGACAAGCCUUCCAGAGCUGCGAAGAAGAGUUUGAUUGAAGGUGUAGUUGGGGCUGGAGUGGCUGGAGUCUUUGUGGUUGCUGCGCUAAGCUUUGCGAUAGCAUCUUUCAACAAACGUUCUACUCCCAGACUAAAACAGGAAAUGCAGCCGUUGACUUCUCAGCAAGAAAGCGUGCUUUUAUCAUCUGAUGAAACUCCUAAUGAUGAAGUCAAGGUAGCUAAUAGUGAGGAAACUAGUCUGAAGGACGAUGAUAAGAGUAUAGAAAACAGUGAUGUAGGCCAGCUAGGUGAAGACACUGAGAAUUCUUCAUUUGAUGAUGGAGCAGAUGGCACUGAAAACAUCACUUCCCAAAAUACGCCUGAAGCAGAUUUGAUCAUCGAUCUGCAAUCUGAUCCCGAUACAGCAGAAAGUGAGAAAGUAAACACUGAGGCUAUUCUUCUAGAUUCAGAAAGUAGUAAUCUUGCUGAAGCGGAAGAUCCAGAUAGCCUUCCAAACACUGAACCAACAAAUGUGUCUGAUUUAGAAAAUCAUGUUAACAAUCAGAAGGAAGAAUCCCUGUCUUCUUUCUCUGACAUCGAUGCUGAUGCAGCCACCGAGGCUGUAACUAUUGGCGUUUUGGUUUCUUCACAAUCGGAUUUGACUUUGGAUACUGUGCCACUAAAUGAUACGGAAACAGCAUUCUCUACUGUAGCUGAGGAGCUGCCUGAGGUAAAUGGAACACCCGAGUACAUAGAUACAGCCAAAGAAAUUGAAUCUUCAGAAACUCCUGUGCCAGAAUCAGCAUAUUUGUCAACAGAAGAACUAAACGUGAACAGUCAAGAUGAGCUUGGCGACAACGGACUGUCUUUGGAAAUACCGAAUGGUGCAAGUGCAUUUUCUUCCGCAGGAAUUCCUGCACCCUCCAUUUCUUUUCAAGUAGUUCCUGGAAAGAUUCUUGUCCCCGCAGCUGCAGAUCAGGUUCAGUGUCAAGCAUUUGCAGCUCUGCAAGUUCUGAAGGUCAUUGAAACUGACACCCAGCCUAGUGACCUAUGUACUCGCAGAGAAUACGCCAGGUGGUUGGUUUCUGCCAGCAGCGCGUUAUCAAGAAACACGACCUCAAAAGUGUAUCCUGCUAUGUAUAUAGAGAAUGUUACUGAGCUUGCUUUUGAUGAUAUUACUCCGGAAGACCCUGAUUUUCAAUCCAUUCAAGGGUUGGCAGAAGCAGGACUUAUCACGAGCAAGCUUUCUAACCGCGAUUUGCUCAACGAUGUUGAAGGCACAUUCUUGUUUUCCCCUGAAAGCCUUCUUUCGCGCCAGGAUCUUAUAAGCUGGAAAAUGGCCUUGGAGAAACGACAGCUUCCAGAAGCUGAUAAAAAGAUGCUAUUUCAACUCUCGGGUUUCAUUGACAUUGAUAAGAUAAACCCAGAUGCAUGGCCUGCCAUUAUCGCAGAUUUAUCUACUGGGGAACAAGGAAUUGCUGCACUAGCAUUUGGUUGUACAAGAUUGUUUCAGCCUCAUAAACCCGUCACCAAAGGCCAAGCUGCCAUUGCUCUCUCAAGUGGUGAGGCUUCUGAGAUAGUCAUUGAGGAACUGGCACGCAUCGAAGCAGAAUCCAUGGCUGAGAAAGCGGUGUCUGCGCAUAACGCCCUCGUUGCAGAGGUCGAAAAGGAUGUCAACGCCAGCUUCGAGAAAGAGCUUUCCCUGGAACGAGAGAAGAUUGAAGCUGUGGAGAAAAUGGCGGAACAGGCGAAACUGGAGUUGGAGCAGCUGAGGGAGAAGAGAGAGGAAGAGAAUCUGGCAUUGUUGAAAGAACGAGCUGCGGUUGAGUCGGAAAUGGAGGUGCUCUCAAGGUUAAGACGUGACGCUGAAGAGAAGCUGGAGGAUCUGAUGAGCAACAAGGCAGAGAUAUCAUUUGAGAAGGAGAGGGUCUCCAGUCUUCGAAAAGACGCUGAAGAAGAGAGCCAGCGGAUUUCGAAAUUGCAGUAUGAAUUGGAAGUUGAGCGUAAAGCCCUGUCCAUGGCCAGAUCAUGGGCCGAAGAGGAAGGAAAGAGAGCUGGAGAACAAGCAAGAGCCUUGGAAGAAGCUAGAAAGCGAUGGGAAUCAAAUGGGCUAAGAGUCAUUGUUGACAAAGACCUACAGGAGAAGAGCAGUGGAGAGGUAGACCAAAGCUUACUGCUAAACACCGCAGAGCGAUCUUCGGUUGAGGAAACUGAGGAGAGGGCACAAACACUAAUGGAGAAGCUGAAGGAGAUGGCGAGGUCCGUGGGAGAAAGAUCACGGGAAGUGAUCUUCAUUGUGAUGGAGAAAGUCCGUUCAUGGAUUAUGGUUUUGAAAGAGUACGUAGAGAGUUUGGGGAAGCGAGCAGGGGAAAUGAGAGAGGCAGCCAUUGUUAGGGCAAAAGGAGCAGCAGAGGAGGUUGAGAAAGGGACAGCUCAGGUGAGCGAUAAGGUGAAGAGAAUGGCUGAGGAGUGUAGAGAUGGAGUUGGCAAGAUUUCUCAGAAGUUCAAGACCUAA